CAAAAAAGGCACGCGAAACUUCAACUUCCAGAAAAAUUAUUAAAAUUAAUUAAAAUAGCAGUCAAAUAGAGUUAAACCAUCAUCAUGAUUAUUCCAGUUCGUUGUUUUACAUGCGGAAAAGUUAUUGGCAACAAAUGGGAAGCAUAUUUAGGUCUAUUACAAGCAGAAUACACUGAAGGUGAUGCACUCGAUGCUUUAGGCUUAAAAAGAUAUUGUUGUCGACGAAUGCUUCUGGGACAUGUGGAUUUGAUUGAAAAAUUGCUUAAUUAUGCACCUUUGGAACGCUGAAUUUCUCUAAGUUUUAUGCUGUAAAAAAGUUUAUAUUUUUUCAAGUUAAGGAUAAUAAAUAAAUUAAGACGUCGAAUUAUAAUC